AUGCCCCAGAAACUCAACUCAACUAUUUCGGCUCGCAAGUGGGAAUCGCAUACAGUCGCACAAGCCCAGCUAGCAACUCGGAACAAAGUCAAAAAUUCAACUUUAUGGGGUCGUGUGCACUCCCUUAUUACGAUAAACAAACUGGCAAAGUUGAACGUGGAAUUUCGUGUGCCGGGUGCACCCGGGGCGAGGAUUGGGCCUUUUGAGGCUCGAGACAAAGUGUAUGCACAAGACCGCUUUUUGGAACAUUUCCGGUGGUGUGAACAGGCACAGCUUCUAUGGAGAUCGAGUGACGAAGGCAAGUCCUGCCCCACCAAGUUGCCGGAGACUGCUCGGAGAGGAAGCUUCUUUAACAAGAGAGAAUGA